CAUCACCCAGUAUACAGCUACACACACACACACUUGGUGCUAAACGAGUGAUAUAAGAAAAUAGAAACAGAAGUUCCCUUGAUAAUAAGAUAUAAAGAUGUCAUCCAUUCACAAGCAAAGCUCACACACCAGCAAAAGCUUCAGUUCCACAAGCAGUAAUGACAACGGGUCUCGGGGCAGGAGCUCAGCAGAUGACCUCUGGGACUUCUACUUACCCAUCAGCCGAAAGGGCCGCUUCUUUAAGGACUCCUCAUUUGACCACGCACGUGACCAGUUUGAUUCUGCAAUCGCAGACGCUCUGAAGAAGUGGGGGGAGGAAGACCUCCUGAAAGAGACGUGGGAUGACGCUGACAUGCGUUUCUCCAAUAAUCUCAGCCGCUAUAGGAAGUUGCGAUCCCAUAACCUGAAGGAAGACAACCAGGCGGCCACCGUCACCUCCGAUAACACCUGCCAUAAGAUUGUGAUGGACGUUCAUGACUUCAUGGACGGGGAAGUGAAGGUGAAGGUGGUGGGGGACAGGGAACUGGUGGUGGAGGGUCGCAUAGACCCCAAGGCUAGAGAACUGUCUGCCUCCUCCAACACAUUCAAACGUCGCUUCUCCCUCCCAGACUCCAUCAACAUUGAUGCUAUCACCUCCGUCAUGUCCCUCGAUGGUAUCCUCACUAUUACAGCUCCAAAAACUACACAUCAAACAAAAGAAGAUUCCACAAUUCCAAUCAGAGUCACUGGAGCAAAGACCAAUGUGACAGAGACCCGGACAUCCAGCUCGACUUCUCAGGCAGGGUCAGGCACCACCAGCACCAAGGUGACAGACUCUGGCCAAGAAAACGCGAAGACUGCUAAAUCACAACAGGUUCCUAUCCAAGUUAACUCGACUCAGACAAGUUCACAAACUGUUGAUGGUUUUACUGAUUCAAAAGCUGAUUCCAAAACAUCUGCUGAAAAUGGUGCUAAAAAACAGUCUAGUAGUGGUUACAGGAACUCCACCACAGAACAGAAGAGUGACAGCGAGCAGAGAGAACACUGGGCUGGGAAGCAGGGAAACACGGAGACUAAGACUCAGACUUCAACAUCGUCAACUUCUACAGAAUUCCCUGACAUUCCUUUCUCUUUGCGUGAUUUUGUACCCAUCAAACGAAGGGGGCAUUUCUUUGACGAUUCAUUCUUUGAAGACACUCGGUCAGAUUUCAAGAACGCCGUGAACGAGGUGCUAAGAAAAUGGGACACGGAUGACUUUCUGAAGGAUGCGUGGGAUGACACAGAUCUGCAUCUCUCUAGUAACCUCAAACGCUACAGGAGACUACGAUCCCACGACAUGAAUGAGGACAACCAAGCCGUCACCGUCACCUCCGACAACACUUGCCACAAGAUUGUGAUGGACGUUCACGACUUCAUGGACGGGGAAGUGAAGGUGAAGGUGGUGGGAGACAGGGAACUGGUGGUGGAGGGUCGCAUAGACCCCACCAAGGCUAGAGAAUUGUCUGCCUCCUCCAAUACAUUCAAACGUCGCUUCUCCCUCCCAGACUCCACCAACAUUGACGCUAUCACCUCCGCCAUGUCACUCGAUGGUAUCCUCACUAUUACGGCUCCUAAAACUGUAAACCAACCACAAGAGGAAGGUUCGACGAUUCCAAUUAAGUUAACAGGAACGAAGACCAGUGUAACAGAGACUCACACGUCCACCUCAACCUCUCAGACAGCUUCUGGCAAUUCUGCUUCUGCCGAGAAGCUGUCAGAAAUUCACGAGGAAGGAUGUCUUAAGAAUGAACUUAGAACAAACAUUACUGAAUCAGUUCAACAUGAAGAAGAUAAACCAACUCCAGUGAAGACUGACACCUCGACUGCAGUUGAUGAAAGUAUUUCACAAAUGAAAGGAUCUCAAGAAUCGAGUGAACAAUUUACUUAUUCUCAAGCAACGUCGAGAAAUUCAGCAUCGGAUUUAAUUGGAACACAAACUGUUGACCAGAAGACUGGCGAAGAUGUCAAGAAACAGGAAGAAAAGGUGACUGACGAAAGGGUGUUUGCCAGCGAGUCCAGCAAGGGAAUAGCCAUUCCAAUCAAGACUAGAGGAGUCUUCUUUAACGACACUUUCUUUGAGGACACUUGGAAGGACUACCAGGAUGCUGUGAGGGACGUGGUGAUCAAGUGGGGAGACUGCUCUACUUGUGACGACUUAACCUGCUACAGGAAGUUAAGAACUCGUGACCUGAAGGACGAGAACCAAGCUGUCAGGUCCUCCGAAGACGAAUCUAAUUAUAAGGUUGUUGCUGAUGUGCAGGACUUCAUGAAGGGUGGAGAGAUCAGCGUGAAGGUUGAAGACGCCAGGGAGUUAGUGGUGGAGGGACGUGUGCAGCAGGAGGCUGGCGGCGCUAAGUCUCUUAAACAUUUCCUACGUCGUUUCGUUCUUCCAAGCGAAGUAGUGGUCGAGUCUGUGACUUCCGUCAUGUCUUCAGACGGUGUCCUCACCAUCACCGCACCAAAAACAAGCUCAAAGCUCCACUUUAAGGACGAUGGUGUGAAGCAAAGUGAGAGCGUGAGAGACUCAACAGAGCAGGUGGUGAGGCUGGACGCCGGGGUGACCAACACACAGUCAUCAGCUGACAGAUACACUGAUCACUCGAGGGAGUCAUGUAGCACUGUGUCAACCUCAUCACAGUCGUCGGCGAUCCCAGUGCAACUUACAUCACAAGCCCAAUUUGAAAAAGCGAGCGAGAUAACUGUGGAUACUCGGGAAGAAAGAGCAGAGAACGCACAACACAAGUCUGGUGCUUCCCAGGAAAGUAGGAUUAACUUUGACGACGCUGACACUCACAAAGAAGCAGCUGAGAAGAACUGCACCUUCCUCGAGGAGAGUGACACCGACACCGUCCACCGACGACUGCAAAAGGAGAGUCGUGCCAAGAGUGAAAGUGACGAUGACAUGGAAGCAGGAUCUAGCACGAAAAUAAGGGAAUACUUGGAUGUAGACCCAGCCUACAAAAACAGACUCCUUAACAUAAAGACAAGAGGGCUCUUCUUCGACGACUCUUUCUUCCUAGAGUCCCGCCCGAACUUCAAGACUGCUGUGAAAGAUGUGCUGAGGAAGUCCCACGAAGAAUUCUCCCCGGACGACGAUGGUAUCUCUGCAUAUCGAAAUUUGCGUCUCAGGGAUCUCAAACUGGAGAACCAGGCAGUGCACGUCGACGAUGAUCGCUACACUCAGAUGAUACUUCUUGAUGUGUAUGAUUUCCUGGGAGGGGAGGUGACAGCGAAGGUAGUGGAAGGGAAGGAGCUGGUGGUGGAGGGACGAGCACAGAGACAGUCAGGAACUUCCCUCACUAUACUAAGCUUCCUCAGACGCUUCCCUCUCCCUGACCGCGCCGACCUGACGGCCAUCAUGGCUGUCAUGUCCUCAGACGGUGUCCUUCUCAUCAUUGUUCCAAAACUGAAGAAGUACUCGAAAGAUAAGGCACUCAACAAGGAAGCUUGUAUUGAACGACAUUCGAGAAUGGACGUUGACGUAGGGCGUGGUUUGAGGGAGAAGAACGUGAGAGAGUCCUCCAGGGAAUCUGAAGGCCGCAGUCUAGGGUCAUUCCUCUCAACUGGGCUGCGACACUCUCCUGAACUGUCAUCUUUCAGAAAGGAAAUGUCUACAGACAGUCAGCACUCACGGAUGGACAACUUCAGCGACACAGGACACUCUUGGGAUGAUAGGAAGAUGCAAGAUUCCUCCCGUGCCUCCAGCAGCGCCUCCAGCAGCACCUACCAACACUCCACAGACUUGUUCUAAAUAUUUGACUGCCAGUGAUAUGCCAACGUUUUAAAAUUAAUUAAUGACCUUUGUUUUAAAAAAAUGUGAUGCAAUGAAGAUAAACUGUUCAUUUUGUUACAAUCAGUUGUUUUUUAAAUUAUUUAAAAAAAUAUAUAUAAAAAGAAUCCACUGACAGUCUUCAUCAGGAGUUACAACUAGCAGUAAACAAACAGCUGCCAUUUUCGUCCUGACGGCUCCGUCCUGUGCCUUUCAAGACAGAUGACAUUCCAAAAAUCUUAAUUUUAUAAAUUUUCAUAUUAGAUUAAAAAAUAUUGUUGAUAUCUUCAUGUUAUGUUUGUGUAAUUUAUGCAGUUCUUUGCCAGAAGCGUUGUCUUAUAUACAAAACUUAUUUUUGUUAUUCAAAGAUGAGAAUUUUAUUUUCUUCGAUAUAUCCAAAUGAUUAUUGUAAAUUAGUAUUUUUUAAGGAUAAUAAAUCUAAUUAAAAGUUAA